CGCCGCCGUCCGGGGGCGGGGCCUGGUCCCCUACUGUGGGAGCUUCCGACGCCCGGGGUGCCGGGCCGGCGCCCAGAUGCGGCGGCGGCGGCGGCGGCGCGAAGCUAGGGCUGUCGCAGAGGAGCCGCUGGAGGGGCCGGGAGACCAUCCGCCAGGAGUCGCGCCACAGGUUUCCAUCCUCGCCCGGCGCCCAGCGCGGCACGGGCGCCCACUGGAGAGGGCUUCUCGGUUCGCACGCGCCGUCCCGUUCCUGGUUCGACUCUAGAGUGUUGCUGACCCACUUAUAGCUUACCAUCGUUAAGUGCUUGGUUUUUAUAUAAUUUCUUGGUCUGAUACAACCUGUAUGGGGAGAGAGAGGAAUGUCAACAGCAGUAUAUGGAGAUGACUGAGGCAUAAUGAAGGACCGGCUAGUAGAAUUUGUGGAGUUAACCAAGCGGUAUGAACAGCAGUUCCCAGACAAGGACAAUGAAUUUGACUCGCCCCCCGAGGAUAUCGUGUUCGAGACGGACCACAUCCUGGAAUCCUUGUACCGAGACAUCCAGGACCUUCAGGAGGAAAACCAGCAGCUGACUGCCGACGUGAAGCGGCUGGGAAAGCAGAACACCCGCUUCCUCACGUCCAUGCGGCGCCUCAGCAGCAUCAAGCGCGACACCAACUCGAUCGCCAAGGACAUCAAGGCCCGGGGCGAGAGCAUCCACCGCAAGCUGAGCGCCAUGAAGGCGCUGAGCGAGGACGCCGAGGCCCAGCACGGCGCGCACUCGGCCGUGGCGCGCAUCGCGCGCGCACAGUACAGCGCUCUCACCCGCCCCUUCCAGGCCGCCAUGCACGAGUACAACCAGGCCGAGAUGAAGCAGCGCGAAAACUGCAAGAUCCGCAUCCAGCGCCAGCUGGAGAUCAUGGGCAAGGACGUGUCGGGCGACCAGAUCGAGGACAUGUUCGAACAAGGCAAGUGGGACGUGUUCUCCGAGAACCUGCUGGCUGACGUGAAGGGCGCGCGGGCGGCCCUCAACGAGAUCGAGAGCCGCCACCGCGAGAUGCUGCGGCUGGAGAGCCGCAUCCGCGACCUGCACGACCUCUUCCUGCAGAUGGCCAUGCUGGUGGAGCAGCAGGCGGACACCCUGGACGUCAUCGAGCUCAACGUGCAGAAGACCCUCGACUACACCGGCCAGGCCAAGGUGCAGGUGAGCAAGGCCGUGCGGUACAAGAAGAAGAACCCCUGCCGGACCGUCUGCUGCUUCUGCUGCCCCUGCCUCAACUAGCAGGCGGGCUCGGGCCGCCACACCCCAUCCCCGACCAGAAUGGGCCGGGAAGCACGCUGGGAAAGAUUUUGAGGCUGUCUGCACUGGGGUGAGUUGCCCUAAUCCCUAGGGACCUCAGUCUUCAGAGAAGGAAAAAACUCGAGGUCCAAGAAUUGCAGUCCAGCUCGUACUUGGAACGAGAGUUGAUCCCACCCGCUGUUUCAUCUGUAAGGACAGAUGCCUACUGAAGUUUUGUGAGGUCAUUAUGAGGCACAUAGCACCCUUGCCUCUUAAAGGAAGACAAAUAAGGAACUGACGUGGUAGCGUACUCUCCGGUAGAUGUCCAAGGCAUGUUUGUACAUGGACCUCUAGGAGAAAGUCAGUUCUGCAUCGGCUCACAGUAUGAACUCGUUAUCAAGGCUUCAUUUACCCUAUCCUGAAAGUACCUCUGUUGUGUUCAUUUUCGAGUGAACCGAUCUUGGGAAAAACUGCACAUCUUCCAUUUCUGAUUCUUCAUCUGGUUUAUGCUAUGUGAUUCCCACCUGGAUGUAUAUCUUCUUUCUGCUCACCUCCUCUACUUAUUAAAAUCACAUUUAACACUUACUAUUAUUUCCUUACCUCUUUACUUUUAAUAUCUUCCAUCAGAAUGUAUUUUGGGAGUUUUUUUUCCAAAGAUUUUUAAGCACUGAGUAUUGAACAAGCACUCAAAUUGAAGUAUGUUUGUCACAUUA